AGACAUCGAACCGAUAGAACAUCUCGGCGUUCUAUUGAACGUUUUCUGUUCGAAAACAACAACACCUUCAGUUUGCUGUUCAACAACAACAAACAUGACAGAUUUUUGAGACCUGAGACUGAAAGAUCGACUGGAAAAUGCCUGGGUGCUUUUCAAAAUUGGCGGAGAGAGUGCGUGGACGUCGGCGGUCUACUGCGUCGACAGGUUGUUCAAAUUCAUUUGUGGGUUGUUUUUGUUGUCUUUUUCCGUUUUGCAGGGUUCGCAAUCGUCGGGAGGUGGACAGAGACAUCGAGGAAUCAACUGUCCUGGAUGAGGUCCAGUUGGUUGUGCCAUUGGAUGAUGUGCUGGAUGUACCACUGCUGCCAGCCAUCCUUGAGGAGGUGCCAGAUGUGCCGACUAUCCUUGAGGAGGCCACUGGUAAUUGGCAGUUGAUACCGAUUAGGUUUAGCUCCCUGUACUGUGGGCCUGUUGUGAUCAGGAACAAUGCAGGUCCGGUGGUUAAAGCUUGGAGAACUUUCCAGUUCAUCAGCCCCAUUAUCACCUACAUGCGUGGGGGAUCCCAGCAGGUGGUGGUGAGGAUGCACCAUGCGAGUAGGGUUCGAGGCCUGGAGACUCAACUGGUGUGGGCCAUCUCCAAGGAGACACACAGACUUAGUCCAGAGGGCAUCCCCUACUGUGCCACCAAGGUGCAGUCCAUCUCUUGGAUCCAGUAUGUGGCUGGCAGGGUGACCCAGUAUGCGUCUCACCUCCGCCACGAGACGUCUGUGGCCGUGACGCAUGGCUGCUACCAGCAAACUGAUGUCUCGGUGGUGUACGCCACUCUCCACAUGGGGCUGGAUGGGCUGCUCUCCUCCUCGGCGUGGUCGGAGGCUGCCUCCGUCUCUACGCCCACCACUCAGCAGUUCACUGAGCCAGAGCCUGAGGGCCACAACUGCUAUGAGGGCUGGGAGGAGGACCUGCUGCCUGAGGAGAGGGAGGUUCCUCUGCUAAACCUCUACCUUACCACCAAGAGAGUGGAGGACAUCGGCCUGAGGCUCGUCUCCCUGCGCCAGGCCUUUACUACCCUGCUCGGUUCCACCCUGAGUAGGAACCAUCUGUUUGUGGCGGGAAAGGUCCUACUGGGCGCACUGGUUCAGGUCCACCAGAUGGACGAGGCCGAAUUCAUCCGUGCCUAUAACGACUUUGUGGACUACCUGAGUGACCCCUCCAAGCAGAUUGACAUUGAGAGGGGAGCUGGCUGA